AUUUGCUCACUUAAUCUAUGUGUUAAUACUUCAUAUACUGUGAGAUAUAUAAUUUUACAAUCUUAUUAAUUAUCAAAAUCAAACUCAUAUAGAUCGAUUCACUCAUAACUCGAUAAUCGAGUUGGCUCUCUAGUCACAAUGUUGAGAGUUGAGACAUCUCAUGAGCUCUAAACGAGCCAGCUCGCGAGCUCCACGAGCUGCAAAAAGCUAAGCGCAAGCUCAACUCAUUGGAAAACGAGUCGAGUUUCGAACGAGCUUUUCCCAAGUCGAACGUCGAGCCGCUCCCGCGCAGCUCGACUCAUUUGCAGCCUAUAUGGAGGCGGUGUGUGUCUCGUGGUUGAUGAUCUCUCGCAGGGAGCCCUUGUAGGUUGAAGAGUGGAUUUUAGACGACAACAUGCAAGGCAAAACUAGAAGGACCACUGAAGUUCUAAAUCAAUUUGCGAUUAACCACAAACCGCUCGAUUAAUUCUUAUUCGAUUGCAGUUAAACCGCUAAUCACAAAAAGAAACUAAUAUCACUAAAUGUGACCGCAAAAGGACCUCCUUAUUUCGUAUGUAGUUAACCACAAACUGCGCGGUUUCGAUACGAUUGGUUGAACCGCAAAAUCGCAACCAUAUUGCCAUCCCUACCGCCCGCCAACCCGGAUUGCAGAAUUAGGUCUUUUCCCACCGAACCGGAAGUGACGGUGGUUUCAGAAACGUAGCCGAGCAGAGCAGCUGAGAACUGAGAAGCAACCGAAAGACAGAGUAGCUAUGGAGGAAGAAGCCGGGAGAGAAGACCACCUCCUCGAUAGCUUCCUCACCUGGACCGCGAAGCUUGGAGUCACAGAUUCGCCCUGCAAUUCCCCGUCGCAGCAAAACUCGAAUCGCUGUUUGGGCCAUUCCCUCGUCGUCUCCCACUUCCCUGACGCCGGAGGAAGAGGUCUGGGCGCCGCCCGCGAUCUCAGGAGAGGAGAAUUGGUUCUCCGAGUCCCGAAAGCUGCUCUGUUCACGACGAUUCGUUUGUUGGGAGAUGACCCGAAGCUGUCCUCCGCCGUCAAUGGCCACCCUUCUCUGUCCCCGACCCAGAGGUUAGGGUUAUGCUUGUUGCACGAAAUGGGUAAAGGUAGAGAUUCAUGGUGGUGGCCGUACUUGAAGCAAUUGCCCCGUGGAUAUGAUACAUUAGCAACUUUCAGUGAGUUCGAAAAGCAAGCUCUGCAAGUUGAUGACGCCGUGUGGACUGCUGAGAAGGCUAUAUUGAAGGCGAAAAUGGAAUGGAGACAAGCUAAGCUAGUAAUGGAACAGCUUCAGUUCAAGCCUAAAUUUCGAAGUUUCGGGGCGUGGACUUGGGUUUGUGCAACGAUAUCCUCGAGGACAAUGCAUGUAUCAUGGGAUGAAGCCGGGACUUUGUGUCCAGUUGGAGACUUCUUCAACUAUGCUGCUCCUGGGGAGGAAUCAAGUGGCAUUGACGAUGGUUGUCACACGAGCGAAUCAUUCCUACAGGAUGGUCUUUUGGCUAAUGGGAUCGCUUCGGAUCAAUUAACCACCAAGGGGCUUAACUCACAUUUGGAUUCGUUUGUUGAUGCUGGAUUUGAAGACCACCUUGCUGCUUAUUGCUUCUAUGCUAGGAGAGAUUAUAAGAAGGGCGAGCAGGUUCUCUUGGCCUAUGGAACAUACACAAAUCUGGACCUUCUUGAACACUACGGGUUUCUGCUAGGCAAAAAUCCAAACGAAAAGGCAUUCAUCCCCUUGGAACCUGGAAUGCUUUCAUUAACUUCGUGGCCCCAAGACUCGAUAUAUAUCCACGCAGAUGGGAAGCCAUCGUUUGCCUUGCUCUCUGCUUUGCGCUUCUACGUCAGCUCUCCACAGCAGCGGAGAUCCAUCUUGCAACUUGUGUAUUCCGGAUCGCAACUUUCAGAAGACAACGAGAUAAAUGCCUCGCGAUUGCUGUCCAAGAAGUGCCACGAGGUUCUGCAGUCACUCCCAACAACAACAGAAGAAGAUGAUCUGCUGCUGUCUGUUAUUGAAAGAAUCCAAGAUAUGAAUUGCCCUGUGGAGGUGGGGAAGUUGAUAUGCUCAUUCAGAGGUGAGAUUUCUGCUUUCCUGGAUGGGCACAAGGAUCUGCCGGCAGCGCAAGACAAGAUUGUCGAGUUCUUACUGUCCAGUAGGGCCAAGAUUUCAUUAGGAAGGUGGAAAUUGGCCGUCCAGUGGAGGCGUGGUUAUAAGCAAAUCAUAGCUGAUUGCAUUUGUUUUUGUACUGAAGUGAUUGAGGGUUUCUCUCAUCAAAAUGAGGUAAACAUCCCUGAACCUUGAGUUACAUUUUUCAGUUGCAAGCAUCUCGACAUGAGAGGUCUUAAGAAAUAUAGAGUUCAAAGGGAUUGUUGUCGCAACCAGGCCGUCUCAUUAGGAGUGUUCUCACACUCGAGAUCUCGGGGAUCACCCUAAGCCCAUGGCCACUUAAGCCACGAUAUCGUAAACUAGACGACUGCUAUGAAAACUCACUGAGCACUGAGGUAAAAUUUGUGGUUCAACAUAGUUGCUAAAUCAAACUUAUCAUAUACAGACAACAACUAAGCUAGUUAGUUUGAUGGGAAGUCAAACUCAACGAGCUUCUUACCAAAGAGAGAUGAACCAUCAUCCUCUCAUUAUCCCAGGUACAACUCCAUCUGUCACAUUCCUCUACCAACUCCUCCAUUUUGCAACGAAGAAACAUGAGUUGCUUCA